CUGCUGACGUAAAUGAUGAUGGGCUGCUUAAGCAGAAGAUAUUACAGGGCAGUUCAAUUUCAGCGCUUGUAUUGAUUUUCCUACUUAAACCUUGUGUGCUAAUAGUUCUGUUCCCAUGAUAAAUAGUUCACGGAGUAGCCAGAGCUUUUGACGAACAGGAGAUAAUCUUGGACACACGCCUUGUAGGUAGACUAUCUGAAACACAUGGAAAAGACAGCCAAAUCCAGGAGCUGCAAGGGUAGAUAAUGUGGUAAAUUGAUACAGAAAUGGGGAACAAGCUUAGAAAACACCAGUCUUUUACUGUCCAGAAUGACUCGCAGGCAGUAUCAGGGAAGGAUGCUGCAGCAGCCAACAAGGAAAAUGCUCCAUUAGAGAAUAAGGAUGUGUCAAAUGAGUGUGCUAAAUCAAAGAAAAAUCAUGAAAAGACCAAUGAUAGCAGGAGUAAGUCUGACCUACAUGGUGGCUCAGGCCACACGGGGCAAGAGGAACCACCAGGAGAUAAUUCUAACCAGAAUGGGGUAGAAAAUGAUUCCAAUCUUGUUGCACAGGGAAACCAAACAGGCUCUGCUGAAGAAAAUAAUGACAGUUUGAACCAGGAGGAGUCUUUUAGGCAAACAAAAUCAGCCACCCCACCCAGUGAUGAGAGGGAAGAUGAGGUGUCCCCACCACCCCCCUUAGUUACCCCCAGGAAACCAAACAGAAACAGAAGGGGUGCAGUUAGUGCAGAGCCUGUUACCGAAGAGGAUUUAGGAAGCUUUGUUAAAACAGUUGUCCCCAAGGACUACAAAACAAUGGCAGCUUUGUCCAAAGCAAUUUCCAAGAAUGUCCUGUUUUCUCAUUUAGAUGAUAAUGAGAGAAGUGAUAUUUUUGAUGCCAUGUUUCCCGUGAUCAGGCAUUCUGGAGAAGUUAUUAUUCAGCAGGGGGAUGAAGGAGACAACUUCUAUGUAAUUGAUCAAGGAGAAGUGGAUAUCUAUGUGAAUAAUGAACAUGUGACAAACAUUGGUGAAGGGGGCAGUUUUGGCGAGCUGGCUCUUAUUUAUGGUACCCCCAGGGCAGCCACAGUCAAGGCAAAAACUGAUGUGAAACUCUGGGGCAUAGAUAGGCAGACAUACAGAAGAAUUCUCAUGGGCAGCACUAUGCGUAAAAGAAAAAUGUAUGAAGAAUUCCUUUCUAAGGUUUCCAUACUAGAAAACUUGGACAAGUGGGAGCGCCUCACGGUGGCAGAUGCCCUAGAACUGUGUAAUUUUGAAGAUGGACAGGAGAUUGUGAAACAGGGAGAACCAGGAGAUGACUUUUACAUCAUCACAGAGGGUACUGCCGCAGUACUUCAGAAAAGGACAGACAAUGAUGAUCCAGUGGAGGUUGGGAGAUUAGGACCAUCAGAUUACUUUGGUGAGAUUGCUCUCAUCUUGGACAGGCCAAGGGCUGCCACCGUGAUAGCGCGAGGACCUUUACAGUGCGUCAAGCUGGACAGGCAAAGAUUCGAGCGACUGUUAGGCCCAUGUGCUGAUAUCCUCAAAAGGAAUAUUGCACAGUACAAUAGUUAUGUAUCACUCUCAGUGUAAACUGGACAGGGACGGAUAUGAAUGUGGAGUUGCUUGGAAAUUAUUAUGGUUUUUAUCAGUAAUAUUUGCAUGGAGAAAAGACGACUUUGUUCUGAAUUAAAAAGGCAAAUGCUAGUAGAAACUUGAUUCAGUAAAAUUUUGAGAAUUUAAAGUUGACUUGAAUGUCAAAACAGCACCAGUUUCCUUUGAAAAUUGAUAUCCCUCAAUUUUAGAAUCCUUUUUUUUUUUUUUUUUCUUUUGGCAGACUGUUGUCUGAUGAAAUUGUGCCUUAAUUUACCAUUUAGCUUCCUUUCUGUUUUGAUGGUUAACCUUAAAAUUGCUUGUGAACUUUAAACUCUCAGAGGAUUUACUGCAAUUAGGGACUUCUUGAGUGAUUUGUGCUACUCUGAAUUCAGGUGAUCAGAGGUUCUCAGAGAAGAAAUGGAAUCAUGUCUUAAACUUUAUUUCAUAAGGAUUGAACGAGUGCACAUGUCAUUUUAUCUUUGGGUCAAUUUCAUAUCAGCUUUAGUCUGAACUUUUGCAAAGAUUAGAUUUAUACUUAGCACCUGGUUUAAAUCCGGGUUACCUUCAUCAUAUAUCUAAUUUUAAAUCGGACUUUAACUGAUAUGGAUUCUUGACUUAAUCCAAAUAUAUAUGAAUUGGCCCUUAAUGUUAUGUUGUAAUUUAUUAGUGACAGUGUUAAUUUUUUUUCUGCUGUUUGCGUUUGUUGUUGCUUCUCCCAGUUGUGGGACACGCAGCACAAUUUGUGUUGGUAGAAAUCCAUUCAUAAUUGAAUGUUAUAAUGCCAAAGAAGCAGUGGGUAUUGACCUAAGACUUGAUGUAAUCAUACCUUGGCAUGUGCUUGAAUGCAUUCUUUUUGUCAAAUAAUAAAAUCCAAAUAAUAGUAAUAACAAAAUUGGCCAAAAUAAUCAUGAAUCAGAGAAUAAAUGAAACAAUUUCCAUUUGCUUUUGCCAAAGUAAAUUAAUUUUUAGUUAUUGAUGUAAAGUUCACAUUGCACAUGUGAGCCAAAUAUACCUAGGAAAUUCCUGUAUUAGAAUUGUGGCUGCAGUCAAGAUAUUGAUCGCAGGUCAAUUAAAUGUGAGAAUAUUCAUAGCACUUGAUGGGUCUGGGAGAAAAUCCUUUAACAGUAAACCAGUUACUAUAUAGACACUGAUUUGGUAUUGAGGAAAGGCUGCUGAAGGGAACAGCAAAUCCCUGUCAGUUUCUUUUUCAAAUGAUUAAAUGUUUCAUCAAAACAGCUGAACAGUCAUGAUUUGAAGCCUUAUUGGCUUAAUAAUGGUACUUGAAAAUGAACUGAUUGCCUUGACAAGGGGCAAUGUAAUUAAUAAAAGCAAGUGUAGUGUUCUUCAGGAGUGCUCACCAAACAGAAUUAGAUGUUACUCCUGCAUUACAGCACUGGCUGGUAGUGUUAAUUUAUUAGCUGCCCAAAGCAGGGUGAAGAUCCUGGCAGUUUAUAUGCUCAGUGAUUUUUUCCCAUAAUAUGAGACAUCAAAUUGAACCAAUUUAGGCUGGUUAGAGCAGCAAGUAAAAAGAUUCUCAUGCCUCAGUGCAUUCAUUAACAGUUAGGAAAGACGUAAUGGUAUUUUUCAUGAAAGGUCUUUUAAAGGCUGUCCUAAGAAAGAAAAAAUAAAAACACUGCUGACCAUGUAUUAGUAGAAAUGGUGACUCACUUGAACUUUGUAAUUGCUCAUUAUGUAUGUUUGUAUAACAGUUUGUAAAUGUAUUUUUCAUUGUACGUUAGCUACCAACAAUACAGAAAUAAAUAUACGACUUCAUUUGUUGUU